GAGAGCUCGCCAGUCGCCGCCGCGGCCGCCUCGGAAUCUUGGGACUCGAGAGACUGCGAGAGCCAGUCUCAGCCAGACCCCAGGGAAAGCGCGGGGCUGCUGCACCCCGCCACACCUGGGAGCAGUGAGGACCGGGAGAGGCGGGGCGCGGCAGGAGGGUGGCCCGGUGCCUGAGCAGCUUCGCCGAAAGCCGGCCGGACUGGAGCAAGGCGAACGGGGAGGGUCUAGAGGCAGAGUCCAGCUCCUCCAAGGGAGGGACCCCAGCUGGGGUGGAAAACCAGCACCAGCAAGCUGCAGAGACGCGCCGCGCUGAUCAUGGAGCGGAGCGGCCCCGGCUCCGCGCGGCCGCAGCAGCAGUGGGACCAGGACUCGGUCGAAGCGUGGCUGGACGAUCACUGGGACUUUACCUUCUCUUACUUUGUUAGGAAAGGCACCAGAGAAAUGGUCAAUGCAUGGUUUGCUGAGAGAGUUCACACCAUCCCUGUGUGCAAGGAAGGCAUCAGAGGCCACGUGGAAUCUUGCUCUUGCCCCUCGCAGCAGAGCCCCCGUGCAGAGAGCAGUGUCCCUGGAACACCAACCAGGAAAAUCUCUGCCUCCGAAUUUGAUCGACCUCUGAGGCCCAUCGUUGUCAAGGAUUCUGAGGGAACUGUGAGCUUCCUCUCUGACUCAGAAAAGAAGGAGCAGAUGCCUCUAACCCCCCCACGGUUUGAUAAUGAUGAAGGGGACCAGUGCUCGAGACUCUUGGAAUUAGUGAAAGAUAUUUCUAGCCACUUGGAUGUCACAGCCUUAUGUCACAAAAUUUUCUUGCAUAUCCAUGGCCUCAUCUCCGCUGACCGCUAUUCCCUGUUCCUUGUCUGUGAGGACAGCGCCAACGACAAGUUUCUUAUUAGCCGCCUCUUUGACGUUGCAGAAGGUUCAACACUGGAAGAAGCUUCAAAUAACUGUAUCCGCUUAGAGUGGAAUAAAGGCAUCGUGGGACACGUGGCAGCUCUUGGUGAGCCCUUGAACAUCAAAGAUGCAUAUGAGGAUCCUCGGUUCAAUGCAGAAGUUGACCAAAUUACAGGCUACAAGACACAAAGUAUUCUUUGUAUGCCAAUUAAGAAUCAUAGGGAAGAGGUUGUUGGUGUAGCCCAGGCCAUCAACAAGAAAUCGGGAAAUGGUGGGACAUUCACUGAAAAAGAUGAAAAGGACUUUGCUGCUUACUUGGCAUUUUGUGGAAUUGUUCUUCAUAAUGCUCAACUCUAUGAGACUUCACUGCUGGAGAACAAGAGAAAUCAGGUGCUGCUUGACCUUGCUAGCCUAAUUUUUGAAGAACAACAAUCAUUAGAAGUAAUUCUAAAGAAAAUAGCUGCCACUAUUAUCUCUUUCAUGCAGGUGCAGAAAUGCACCAUUUUCAUAGUGGAUGAAGAUUGCUCCGAUUCUUUUUCUAGUGUGUUUCACAUGGAGUGUGAGGAAUUAGAAAAAUCGUCAGAUACUUUAACAAGGAGCAGCCCUGGGAAGUGUGUCUGCAGUACAAACACAGCCCUGGGUUUCAGAGCACAGGAACGUGAUGUGAACAGAAUCAAUUACAUGUAUGCUCAGUAUGUCAAAAACACUAUGGAACCACUUAAUAUCCCAGAUGUCAGUAAAGAUAAAAGAUUUCCCUGGACAAAUGAAAACACAGGAAAUGUAAAACAGCAGUGCCUUAGAAGUUUGCUUUGUACGCCUAUAAAAAAUGGAAAGAAGAAUAAAGUGAUAGGGGUUUGCCAACUUGUUAAUAAGAUGGAGGAGACCACUGGCAAAGUUAAGCCUUUCAACCGAAAUGAUGAACAGUUUCUGGAAGCUUUUGUCAUCUUUUGUGGCUUGGGGAUCCAGAACACACAGAUGUACGAAGCAGUGGAGAGAGCUAUGGCCAAGCAGAUGGUCACAUUAGAGGUUCUGUCAUAUCAUGCUUCAGCUGCAGAGGAAGAAACAAGAGAGCUCCAAUCCUUAGCGGCUGCCAUGGUACCAUCUGCCCAGACCCUUAAAAUCACUGACUUCAGCUUCAGUGACUUUGAGCUAUCUGACCUGGAAACGGCACUGUGCACAAUCCGGAUGUUCACUGACCUCAACCUUGUGCAGAACUUCCAGAUGAAACAUGAGGUUCUUUGCAGGUGGAUUUUAAGUGUUAAGAAGAGCUAUCGGAAGAAUGUUGCCUAUCAUAAUUGGAGACAUGCCUUUAAUACAGCUCAGUGCAUGUUUGCCGCACUAAAAGCAGGCAAAAUUCAGAACAGGCUGACUGACCUGGAGAUACUCGCACUGCUGAUUGCUGCCUUAAGCCACGAUUUGGAUCACCGCGGUGUGAAUAACUCUUACAUACAGCGAAGUGAACACCCACUUGCUCAGCUCUACUGCCAUUCCAUCAUGGAGCAUCAUCACUUUGACCAGUGCCUGAUGAUCCUGAACAGUCCUGGCAAUCAGAUUCUCAGUGGCCUCUCCAUUGAAGAAUAUAAGACCACGCUGAAAAUAAUCAAGCAAGCUAUUUUAGCUACAGACCUAGCACUGUACAUUAAGAGGAGAGGAGAAUUUUUUGAACUUAUAAGAAAAAAUCAAUUCAACUUGGAAGAUCCUCAUCAAAAGGAAUUGUUUUUAGCGAUGCUGAUGACAGCUUGUGAUCUUUCUGCAAUUACAAAACCCUGGCCUAUCCAACAACGGAUAGCAGAACUUGUUGCCACUGAAUUUUUUGACCAAGGAGACAGAGAGAGAAAAGAACUCAACAUAGAGCCUGCUGACCUAAUGAACAGGGAGAAGAAAAACAAAAUCCCAAGUAUGCAAGUUGGAUUCAUAGAUGCCAUCUGCUUGCAACUGUAUGAGGCCCUGACCCACGUAUCGGAGGACUGUUUCCCUUUGCUGGAUGGCUGCAGAAAGAACAGGCAAAAAUGGCAGGCUCUUGCAGAACAGCAGGAGAAGACAUUGAUUAAUGGGGAAAGCAGCCAGGCCAAGCGGAACUGAGUGGCCUAUUCAUGCAGAGUUGAAGUUUACAGAUGGUGUAUUCUGCAGUAUGCCUAGUUUUGCUAUACACUGUACAGAUUUGGUGUAUACUUUGCCACUGCUGUAUUUUUAUUUUUGCACAACUUUUGACAACACAGCAUGAAAUGUUUUUAGAGGACUAUUGCAUAUUUUCUGUAUAUUUGUUUUAUGCCACUGAACUGAGAUUAUCAAUGACACCUACUCUUAGCACAUGGAUACGAGCUCUGUUUGUGAUAUUUUGUGUACUGCGAGGUACAAGUUGCAUUCUUGCACUGAGGCUGGUUUUUUUGUUUUUUUUGUUUUUUCUUGCUGGGGAUUUUAAAUAAUUGGUUUUGUGUUUUCUGAAUUACCAAUCUUUCAAGAAUGUUUGGAAUCGUUUUUCUUAAAAACAGGCUAGGAGCGAAGUGAAUAUAUUCUGUGACAUUUAAAACCUUCAUAGAAUAGAGAAAAAUAUUGGCUGAGUGGAUUUUAAGAGGAAUGGGGGAUAUUUGUCAACACUGUAUUACCUUAACAAAAAAAGUUAAAACUUUAAACAAAUGGAAAGUACUAUAAGGUAGUACUGUAAAGAAAAGGCAUUAUUUAAUUAUUUUGCUUUUUUUGUUGUUAGAGAACAGGCAGAAGAGAAAUUUCUCAUUUCAGUGCAAUAAAUCUAUCCAAAGGCUACCCAUAAACUCGCUUUGAUCUAACCUACCUGACGGAAAGCAGGGGAAACCCUGGGAGAAGAUCCAGUCACUGACUUUACUGAGGGAUGAGUGUGAUGCAGAAAUGGAACAGCCAAGGAUGGCUGCCAGUGAAGAGGACGUUCUGCUGGAAGACACUCCUGACAGUCAGUGAGUGUUCUGAAUCCUGAACUUCCUUUUGUAAAUAACUUCCUUAUCGUUCACCUUAUAAGCCACAGCUUGUUUAAGUCAACACUUUAAAACUCAACAGGAGAGCGAGAAAAAGUGAUCAUGGGAGCAUUGGCCUGAAGUGAGAGAUGACUGUAUAGGAUAAGAGGGUACAAAAUGAAUCAUAUUUUUUUUCUGUUUGUUAAAUGGAGUACAGAGAAAAGUACAAACAGCAAAGCGCUAUCCUUGAUACUAGGGUCAAAAAUUAAAUCGAGGGAACAAUAUGGUAAGAAACCUCAAGCUUGAGUAAACUUAGCAGUAUUUAGUUUGUGACUGAGAAACUGCCAUAGUUUGGUUUACAGGACUAGUCAACCCAGAAUCACAGAAGUUUGGGUAUGCACCCUAAACACUGGCCCUGAGCUUGUAGUUAGUGGUAUCUACUUCUCACAGCUUUUAGUACAUUUAGAAAAUGUUAACACUUUCUUAGAAUUUGAGCCCAUUUAAUUGUAUUCCCACUGUACAUGUGUGCCCCUAAAGACACUUUUAUUACAUAUUGGAGAAGUAGAUAAUGAACUGAGAACCUAGUUCAGGAAAAGAAAAUCUGCUCUAAAUAUGCAAUAAUGUUUGUGGGCAAGAGUAGGAAGAGAGGUAUUUGUUUGAUCUGUUCACCCGCUUCCCCACCCCUGAAUAAAGUUUCUGAGUUUCUAUAACUA